UUCGCGAGUUUUCCGGAACAGCUUCUUCCGGGGGCGGGCUGAAGGAGGCCGCUUCCGGGGGCCGACCCGUUGCUCCAACGACAGAGCUACUGGCCACUAGUGUGCAGGGAGGGAGUUCCCGGCGUGCUACGUGUCGGCCGGCGGUAGACCAUGGCUCUGGCUGUGCUGCCGCCUGUGCUGCUCUCGCUGUGGAUACUGGUGUUGGCUCGGUCCAGCUUGGAGGCAGCGGACGGCGGGGGAUGGCGGCAGACUGGGCCGGGGGCAGACGUGGUCUUGGCGGACGAGCGCUGCACCGUGGAGCGCCGAUCCGACCUCAACUACACCGAGUUCGUGCAGCGCUACGCCUUCCUCAGGCCCGUCAUCCUUCAGGGACUCACGGAAAACUCGAAGUUCCGGGCCCUGUGCUCAAGAGAGAGUCUGUUGACCACCUUUGGGGACCACGUGGUUCGGCUGAGCACUGCCAACACCUACUCUUACCAGAAAGUGGACCUGCCCUUCCACCAGUAUGUGGAGCAGCUGCUACAUCCCCAAGACCCUGCUUCUCUGGGCAACGACACUCUGUACUUUUUUGGGGACAACAACUUCACGGAGUGGGCAUCACUAUUCCAGCACUACUCCCCACCCCCGUUUCAUUUGCUGGGAACCACUCCUGCUUAUAGCUUUGGAAUCGCAGGAGCUGGCUCUGGGGUCCCCUUCCACUGGCAUGGGCCCGGGUUCUCUGAAGUGAUCUACGGCCGUAAGCAUUGGUUCCUCUACCCACCUGAGAAGACACCUGAGUUCCACCCCAACAAGACCACACUGACCUGGCUUCGGGAUAUUUACCCAUCCCUGGCACCAUCUGAAAAGCCCCUGGAGUGUACCAUUCAGGCUGGUGAGGUGCUGUAUUUCCCUGACCGCUGGUGGCAUGCCACACUCAAUCUUGACACCACUGUCUUCAUCUCCACCUUCCUUGGCUAGCCAGAACAAGCAGCUGGCAGGCAC